GGUCUCAAUGCAUAUUUUCCACAGAAACAAACUCUCUCUCUCUAAUCGCCGAGCGAGACCCCUCGCCCCCCAUGGCGGCUUCGCGCGGCGGAGCCCUACGAGCGCCGCUCGGCGGAGGUGGCGGAGGCAGCUGUGCCGGCGCCGGAGGAGGAGGAGGAGGGAGGUGGGGGGGGAUGAGCCGAGACCUCCUCGAGGCGAUCCUCGCGAGGGUCGGGGCGCCGGAUCUCGUCGCCGCGGUCCCCUUCGUGUGCUCCUCGUGGCGUGAAGCUUCUAGAGACCCCCUCUUCUGGCGCCGCCUCGACCUCGGCGACUGGGACGCCGUCUCCCGCCGCCUCCGCCGCGGCGGCGGAGGCGGAGGCACCGCCGCCGCCGAGUUCGCCGGUAUCCUCCGCGUCGCCGUCGCACGCGGCCGCGGACGAACGGAGUCGAUCUCCUUCCCCUCCUUCGCUGAUGAGGCCCAUCUCCUCUUUGUCGCUGAGAGGUGCUCAAAUCUACUUUACUUUAGCCUCCCAAAUCCCCGAAUAGCAUCGGAUAGAUUCUGCGAGGCCGUCGCCAAAUUGAAGCUUCUUAAAGGCAUGGCAGUUGAUGAGAGCCUCAUAACCAAUGAAGUUCUUCUACAUAUAAAAAAUUGCUGCAAAAAUUUUUCUGAACUAAGAGUAUGUGCUGAGAGUGUGAAUAGAGAGAUUGCUUCUGUUAUCUGCAAGUCUCUUCCAAAUCUGAAAAAGCUCGAGAUAACCAAUUCGGUCAUAUCGAAGCAGGCCAUUAUUACUCUCCUUGAUGGGUUGGAGCAGCUCGAGCACUUUGACAUUUCAGGGUACAGGAAUUCUACGAUUACCGAUCUUGUCCUUCAGAAGGCUUCGCGGCUAAAAGUGUUCUUGUGGGACUCGAAGUUGGAGCUCGGUGAGUUAAUGGACUGCUCACAUUGUGAGGACGGCCUGGUUCUUCAGAGGCCUUGCGAGUGCGUGCUGAAUCAGAGGGUGAUGGAAUGGUUGGCCGAGGUUUCGUAAGAUCUUCUCUCUGUUUCUUGGUUGUUCGGGAGUAAAAGGAUGAGGUAAAUCCUUAAAUCACUUCAUGUUUAAACAAUGAAGUUGUGUUCCCUCUUGAGAUAUUUGGUAUAUUAUUGUGCAUAUUUGAAAUGAAGUUGGUUUUCUUGUCACCAAAGUGUUGUCUGUCGUUUGUACUCUUAUUCACUAUCAUUUUAAUAAACAUUCAAGUGUUUAACCAAAAAAAGAGAGAAAAUUUUAGGCAUUUGAGAUGCUAACAAUAAAAUCGAUCUAUUGGUUUGUUA